GUCAAAAGUUUAAUUUAGGUUUACGUGGUCAGCAAAAACUUGAAAGCGCGACAUUGACCAAGUCAGUGAAGGUUUACUGGGAUAUUUUUUUUUUUUGGUCAGGAUGCUUUUAAAAUAUCUGGACGGUUUAAUUCUGGCGGUUUUGUUUGGGUUAUGCACACACUAUAACGCAGUAGCGGAAGGUGAAGAGAAAUUCCGCAUUGAGGGUCGCGCGCUCGUCUACGGCGUGAGAACAGAGGAGUGGACACCGUUCGCUCACGUGCUGCUAGAUGAACAGGAGCAUGUCGGCUUCGUCAGACUUGAUGGAAGUUUCACAGUAAAUGAUGUGCCGUCCGGAUCUUAUGUGGUCCACAUUGUGUCCCCGGUCUACAGAUUCGAGCCUGUCAGAGUGGACAUUACUGCAACAGGCAAAAUGCGUGCCAGAAGAGUCAAUUAUAUCAAGACGUCUGAGGUAGUGCAAUUGCCGUACCCUGUUCAGAUGAGAUGUACAGGACAGCAUUCAUACUUUAUAAAACGAGACACAUGGGGUUGGUCUGAUUUCUUUAUGAAUCCUAUGGUUCUCAUGAUGGUUUUUCCUCUUUUGAUCAUCUUUCUUCUCCCAAAGCUCAUCAACAUGAAUGAUCCAGGGAUGAGAAGGGAAAUGGAACAGUCAAUGAAUAUGCUCAAUCCCAGCCCUGAGAUUCCAGAUGUGUCCGAGCUCAUGACCAAGUUUUUUGCCCCACCUAAAAGCCAAGGUAAAUCAGGAACUCACAGGGGGCACAGAGGCAGUGCUCCACGCAGGAGAUAACACGCAUGUGAGCAAGGAGACAUGAUACUCAUGCAUUUGUUUCAUCCUGAUUUUCCUGUUUCAGGCCUUUGCUAAAUUAUUAUCAAUUGUGUGCCACAAGCUUUGAAAUAUGUUUAAUACUAUCACAGCUGACAGUGUUUUAGUUCUGUAUGCUUUUAUUAAUCAGGCUUUUGAAUCUUCUCUUGUUACAUUUCUGUACUUACUGUGUCAGUAUUUAUUGAGUGUUUUUAUUUAUUGAUUUGGAGAAAACAAGUAAAUAUUUAUUAAAGACAAAUAUAUAUUAAUGAUAUAUAUUUUAAAUAAUGAUACUAUUUUAUUAGCAUAAUGUGAGGGCAACUACUAGCUUAUUUAAUUUAUUGUAUUUAUUUGGUCUGCAUGCUUUUAAAUUACUUUACAGCUCUAGAUUAGUUAUGUGGGUCUCUAAAAAGCAACAGCCUUGGCCGACCACUAAGGAAGUUGAAUAGGUGAAGGCUAAAUAUAUCACUAGUGAGAGUAAGAGGGGCUGUAAGGGACAAGCUGUCAGAGAAACAAGACUGAUAUUGGUUAUGUAUCAUCUGUGAGGAACUUGCUUAGGAGAACAGAUAAGAUGAGUGUAAUAAAUUAAUAGCUGUGUUUUUUUUUUGUAGAAGAAGACCUUUGAGUGUUUGUAACCACUAGUUACAGUGUAAACAGUAUCAUGAUAAUAAAACAAAGAUCAGUCUGUUGUGACAUUUAUCUCAUUGACUGUGAAUCAUUUUGUGGCUGUUAUGACUGCAUGCACGUAAUGUCCUACAUACU